AUGCAUACACCGACAACCGUCAUUUCUAAGUUUCUCGCUCAAUUACUUCAACCAUUGUUUGAUAAACACGUUCGUUCAACAACAAUUACCGACGGUGUUGAUCUCAUUCGCCGUCUCGAAAAAUUAGCUCUCGGUGGUGCAAUGGGAUCAGCAUUUACUCUAACUUUGGCCAAUAUCUUUAUGUGGAAAUGGGAAAAACAGCUUGUUCUCGAUCAAGCAAGUUCAAAUGAAACCUAUGGCCGAUACAUUGAUGACAUCAUCUUUACGUUCAACGGAUCUUUGGAUAAAAUCAAUCAAAUGUUAAAUGAAUCCCAUUUAUCUCAUCUCAAUAUCAAAUUGGUGCAUCAAACUGGCUCAAGCGUAUCAUUUCUCAAUGUUCAAAUCGAAAAUAGAAUUGACAUAUUGCUAACAUCGGUUUAUCAAAAAGUAGCAGCUGAACCGUAUGUGAUACCAUUUACAUCUGAUCAUGUAAAACAUGUAUUCACGAAUAUCGCCAAUACGAUACUUUUACGAGAUAUUCGAUAUUCUUCAACAUUAUCAACAUUUGAAAGUGAACGGCGCACCAUCGAAUUAAUGUUGUUAUAUAACGGUUAA